UUUCAACCACCAAUCCCGCAUGAGCGUUGUGGCCUCCUUUGGCUUGGGCUGCAGAAACCCGUCAGCGUGGCUUACGGUAGUGUGAAGUCUGAGGUGAGAUGGAUUCUGAUUUGUUAUCCCUUGGAGCUGGGGAUAUGGGGUGUGUCUCUGAUGUGGCAGCUAUGCGAGAGAAGCCGCCAUGGAGCAGGUUAAAAGACGGUAAAGCCCCAGGUUUGGAACAGUGAGCAAGCAGCACAAAGCCCAUCGGAACCAGAACUCCACCAGCACAUACAUACCAACCACACACCUAAACGACCAUGAUCGUGGACAAGUAUACGACCCUGAGAAAGGCAUUGGUCAAGGGACGCCUUCUCCUUCCUCAUGAUGAGGGUUACGAGGAGAGUCUGGAGCGAUGGAGUCUCACUUGCGUGAAGCCAGCCGCAGCUGUAGCCCAGCCGGCAACCGCCGAAGAAGCCAGUGCGACUGUCAAGUUUGCAACCGCCAAUGGCAUCGCCUUCAAUGUGAAGUGCGGCGGGCAUAGCACCGCGCCAGUGUCGAGCGCGCCCUCCCCCGAAGGUAUGGUCCUUGACCUGUCUCUGAUGAGGGACGUCACCGUGGACCCUGACGCGCAGACCGUGUCUUUUGGAGGAGGCUGUCUCUGGAGAGAGGUUGACGAGGCGCUGUGGAAGCAUGGUCUCGCGACUGUGGGCGGUACUGUAUCGCACACCGGCGUUGGUGGACUCAUCCUGCAUGGCGGGUACGGGGCCCUGACGGGUCGUCGUGGGUUGGCGCUGGAUAUUUUGAUCUCUUGUGAGGUAGUCCUAGCCGAUGGAAGCAUUGUAACGGCUUCCGAGACGGAGAAUCCAGACCUGUUCUGGGGUCUGCGUGGCGCUGGCAGUAGUUUCGGCGUUGUCACCAAGUUUACCAGCAAGGCGUACCCUCAGGGCGACAUCUGGGGCGGCAUGUUCGUCCUCCCUUUGGACAACCUCCCUGCCGUUGUUGACUUCAUCAAUCACUGGGACGAGACCAACGAUGGCUAUCAAUCCUUUGGAGCCUCCUUCACCCAUACACCUCUGUUCCCAGGGGCAGACCCUGAAGCGCCGCGUCCUCCCGUGUUGAUUCUAAACGUCAUGCAUACCGGUAGCGACGCGGAGACGGCAGGGCCAGAGUACUUUGCUCCGGUACUGAAGUUGGAAGCCUCGAUGAAGCAUGUCGGCCCCAUGCCGUAUCCCGAAAUCAACAAAGGGGCCGACGAGAUAUUUUGUUCGGGCAAAAAAUAUCUAUUUGGCGGAUGCAACUUCACCAUUCCGCUUGAGCUCUCCACAGCAGAGGCUUGCCGAGACCGAUUUAUCGGCUUCAUCGAAGCCAACCCGGAAGCCAAGGGCAGUGUGUGCAUGCUCGAGUGCUUCUCCAAACGCGUGAGCGGGCUGGUCCCGGCCGAUGCCACGGCAUUCAACAACCGAGGCAACUACUUCAACAUUGGAACCUUGUGGACAUGGAAACAUGACUCCCUCGACCAGGCAAUCCGCGACAAUAAUCGUGCGUUUCAGAAAGAUAUCCGCGAACUUGGGUACAACGACACGGACCUGAAGGACGGCGUGGGCCGGUAUGUGAACUACGACGGCGAUACGCUGACGGCUAAGACGGCCUUUGGGUCCAAUGCCGAGCGACUGCGGGAGUUGAAGGAGAAGUAUGAUCCCAAGAAUGUAUUUGACAAGAUGUGGAAACUUGGAGUUCAAACUGAAGGUCAAUGAUCUCAGGCUUUGGUUGGACGAUAUCAAAGUAUACGCAGAGUUCAGUCAAUAUAUUUGAUCAUCAAGUAAUUGUCUGGAGUAGGAUCCACG